CAGAUCAGAACCAGCUGAUCAGAACCAGCUGCUGCAGAGAUUUAAUCGGGUUAACAGAUGAUGAGCAGAUCCACUGGUCAGAACCGGUCUGGGUUCUGUUCCCACUGCAGUCAGAACUAAUUGUUGUCCUGAUUCUGGUUCUGAUCUGACGCAGAUUUGGUCAGAACCAGUUGUACUGCUGGUUCUGCCUCUGGUUCUGGUUCAGCCCGUCUCUGUUCCAGAACCAUCUGCAGCAGCAGGAACGAGGAGCGGGUCGUGUUCUCGGAUCAGAUGAUGCAGAACCAGGAGGUUCUGGUCCAGCAGCGCUGCGAGGUCAUCUACAAGAUCUGCUCUCUGGUCCCGCCCACCAGCUCCUCAGCUCUGGUUUCUAAUUGGUUCAACGAGUUGAUGGCUGUCAACCAGCAGAUUGCUGGUGUCCAUGCUGACAUGCGAGCGCAGCUGCAGAAGUUUUAUGAAGACACCUGGCAGGGUCACCGGGUCGAGGCUCAGCGCUGCCAGGAGGCGCUGGCGGCGCUGCAGCUGUCUGACCAGCAGCUGGAGGACAUCAUGUCCUCUCAGCUCCUCCCUCUGAUUGGACAACGCCAGAGAGACGACGAAGAGCGAUUGGCUGGUUUAGACGAGUGCAGUGACUUAGUGGACCAACAUGUCAUGGGGGUCAGCAGGUCGGUGUCCGACGUGAUGCGCGCCGUAGCGUUGCUAUGGGAGACGCACAGCCGCCGGGUGAAGAGGAGAGAAGAAGAGCUGGAGGCAAAGCUGCAGCUGUUGAAGACGGCGCAGCAGCAGCUGCUGGAGAGGAUGAUGGUGCCUGUGGAGAGCGUGUUGGUGGCGCUGCGUCAGGAGAGCAGGCAGGAAUAUCUGGAACUGUGUCUGGAGCAGGUUCUGGAGCAGCUGAAGGACAUCCAGGACAGCAUCCGGCCGUGUCUGACCCAGCAGUGGGACGUCCUGGACGAGCUCCCUGCCGUCCUCAUGGAGGAGCUGUACGCCUACAGCAACGCCGUCAGCUCCUUCUUUAAGCUCAGCCAUCGAAACAGACCGAGUCUAGCGGACUUGCAGGUCUCGGUGUCGUUCAUCACAUCCGAAUUGGACCAGGAAUCUUCCUCCCAAUCGGAGAUGUUCUACCCGAGAAGCGACUCCAUCAGCAGAGAAGCCGGUUACUCCUUCAGCGCCCUGAAGCUGCUGACCGAGGCGGCGUCCUCGCUGGACCAGCUCUACAACAGCAACACCACCUUUACAUCGUCAGGGGGCGUGGCCUACUUCGGCCCCGCCUUCAGAUGCCCCGCCCCCGACCUGCCUGACUUCAUCCAGGAAACAUACCUGAGCCAGUUUCCUGUGGAGCUCCUCAGCCACACCCUGACCAGGACCCGGAUUCUGGUUCUGGACCACAUCGAGCAGAGCUUCAGAGACCUUCUCAGCUCAGCUGUUGCCAUGGUGACCGAAAAGAAGGAAGUGGUCCGAUUGGAGCAGGAACUCUCGGUGACGCCAGAAUACAUCCGGACAAAAAUAUACGAGCCACGGCUCCUUGAGCUGCAGCUCCACCAGCAGAAUGUAGACACUUUCUGUCAGGAAAUCUCGGACAUCCUGACCUCCUGCAGGACAGAGCUCCUAGAUAUCCUGCACUCCAUCCACAAGAAGAACCUGGAGAUGUUUGACCUUUUGACCUUCCGUAAGAUGGCGCUCCACGACCUGCAGGUCUCCAUACAGAAGGACAACCAGAUCGUCCUCCAGGCGGCGUUCAGGAAGCGUCUGGAGGACUUUGGCGCCGCCCUGCAGGAGCAACUGGACCGGCACUCCGAGGACUCCCUGCAGUGCCAGACCAACUUCAAACAGGUGAUCCGCGGCCGCCUGGAGGAGGUCAUGAAGAGAGCGGUGGAGCUGCAGACGUCCUUCAGGACGUUCAAAGACGGAGGAGACUUCUCUCCUCAGGAGGCGAAGAUGUUUCAGAAGAAGAUGAAGGAGGAAAUCAAGCGGAUCGGUUCCACCGAGGACUCCAUCUUCUCUGAGCUGGAGGUGUAUGAGUCCAAGAGUCUGCUGCAGCUCCGCAAGGUGCUGGCUCCCCUGGACGACAAGUUCUCCUCCCUGAAGGCGGAGGUGAAGUUCACUGAGGAGAUCCAGAAGAUCGUCAGCAGGACACAGAUCCAGAUCAAGGCCGAGGCGGCCAGCAGCAACCUGCAGCAGACCGGGAUCAGCCGCCGGCUGGAGGAGCUGAAGGAGAUGACGACCAACAUCCAGGUGUCGCCGCAUCAGGUCUGCCGGUCGUUCUCGUCGGUGAAGGAGGAGAUAAAGUGGCGCUGCAGCUACCUGGGUUUCAGCCAGGACUCGGUGCUGCAGGACAGUUUUGCUCUGUCCAGAACCAAGGUCCAGGGCCAGCGUCGCAGCCGUUCCGCCUCGGAGCUGCAUGAGGAAACGACCGUCAGGUUCUCCUUCCAGCUGGACCACAAACCCAAAACCGCAGGAGAUCAUAGCUCCAUCAUCCAGAGGAGCAUCUCCACCCGCAAACAGAGUCUGAGGAGGACCUCCAGGUCCGUCAGGUCAGACGUCUUCACCGAAAUGAAGAACAAGAGGAAGUAUCAGAUUUUUGGAAUCAAACCGGAACCGGAGCUGAGCUCACAGUCCUUCGCCGUGGCGCUGAACACCAUCUUGUGGUGGGCCAACGACACCCUGCUGGAGGCUGCCAGGGUUUUCUACAGCACCAACCGCGUCGCCACCUUCAGCCUGGUGCCCGAGUCGGUGGACAUCUGGGCCGACGGCGUACAGAAAAGGCUGCUGGGAUACCAGGAGCAGGGCAAGAAGUUCAUGACCAUGAGCAAAGACGAGGUGGUGAAGCAGCUGUCCAAGUUCAGGGAGCUGGUGGACUCCCUGCCUGAGGUCCUGAUCAGCCACCAUGUGGGCCAGCAGGAGGCGUGGCUUUCAGAGGAGCUGGGCGUGGUCAGGAAGAGGCUGGAGGAGCAGCUGGCGGCCGGCAAGGACCAGAAGAUGUCCAACCUGGGCCAGCUGCGGGUGUCCCUCAAUGAGGACGAGCUGCAGACGCUGGAGAGCAGGGAGGAGCGCCGGCAGCAGCAGCUGCACAGCGCCAUCCUCAGGUCGCACCUGCAGCUGCAGGAGUGUAUGAGAGGGAGAGCCGAGCAGUUUGUGACGUCGCUGGCAUCUCUGACGGAGAAGCUGCUGCACCUGCUGGACGAGGUGCUGCCGGUCGCAGAAACGAAUCCAUUCAAGGCGCCUGGAGCUGAAACCUCGGAGACAGAAGAAGAAACAGGAAGUGAGCCGAUCAAAAGCUGGACAUGGCCAGGUAUCACUCACCUGUUCUCAAUGACCAGUGGGUCAGCAAAAUCUCCCAUCACCAUGACAACAGCACCCAUCAAUACAGCGAGGAACAGCCAGAAACAUGAGGCGGUCAUUGAGGGCAGAGACGCUGCGUUAAAGCGGUUUGACCAGCUGAUCCACUCGGAGGUGUCGCAUUCUGAAGCCGACAGACGGAACCAGCUGAGCGAGCAGCAGAACUGGAUCUCCUACUGGGUCCAGCAGGUCUCGGCUCUGAGACAGACCCAGAAGAAUCAGCGCUGAGCCGCAGCAGCUGAUUGGCUGCUGAGCUCCUGUAGUUACCGUUUCCAUCCAGCAGGUGGACCACCAUCCUCUGAACCCUCACACCGGCUGCUGGUUUGGUUGCCAUGGCGUCCAGCUGACGUAAUAAAACAUUUGAUGUUGCAGAUCUGACCAGUGGUUGGUUCUGGUUCUGGUGGUUCACACCUUCACAUACGAGCCCUUACAGUGUAGCUAACCUGCCUGUCAGAGCUAAGCCCCGCCCCCUGAUACAUUUAGACCAAUUCCACCAAAGUGGGCGGAGUCCAGAUACAGAGGGGCGUGGCCACAUGUGAGGAUGAGUGGACUUGGACUUUCUCUGCAUUAUUGGAGACGUUUAUGAGGAAACCGGCGCCUCGUUCACAUUGAACACUGAUGAAUCACAUGAGUAACGCUGACGAGCUGCCAGACUGCAGGUGUGAAUUCGCUGCUUUAAUCUGAUACAUUUAUGUUAAAUAAAGGUUGUUGUUCU